AUGUCGGACGUGAACUACUCGAUCCCCGCAGAGGCAGCGAAGCUACUCCACGACGGUAUCAUCGGCAACCCGCUCCACAGCGAUGCGCCCGCGGAGCUUGCCAACGCAGCACAAAGUAUCUCGUUCGAAGGUACGGCCUUGCCGUCGAUCCCAAUCAACUGGCGCUUUGCCGAGAGCAUAUCAGCUAUCAAGGGAUUCCAGGGUGCGAUGUUAAACGUGCUUCUCAAACGGAAGCACGGAUUGGAAGAGUACCCGCGGAUCACGAUCAACACCGACCAUGCACAACUCUUCAUCAUGUCCAUAGCUCUCACGCAAAUCCUGGACCCGUCUGUCAGCGCGCCCGUAGACCGCAAUAAAAUCGGUUCCUCCGGCGCCGAACGCUACUUCCCGAACAGAGAUAUCCACAAUUCCCUCCACGACUGGCACCGCCGCGCGGCAACCAACAUCUACCGCACGCGCGAUAACCGGUUCUACCACAUACACGGCAGCAUGAACCCAGAGCCGACGCAGGGCGCGCUUGGAAUCUCCGCAUGCGUGGACCCAGAGCCUGCCUCGCCGGCCGAUGCCGUGAAGCCCUACGCUGUGAAGGUCGCGGAGUUGGCGGCGGCGGAGAUCGACGAGCUCAUGAACGGGAAAAACCGCCAGGCGGGCACGAUCUGCUACAGUGCUGAGGAAUACUUGGCUUCCGAGCACGGAAGGGCGAAUGCCCACGUUGGAUUGUACGAGCUUCAUCAUCAUGCCAAUCCCGAGCAACCGCCCGCAUGGUGGCCGGCUCCGGCAGGCGCGGACCCGAAGAGACCCCUGUUCGGGCUCAAGGUGGUGGAGCUUGCGCGCGUGAUUGCCGCGCCGUCUGUGACGAGGGAGCUGGCGGAGCUGGGUGCCAGCGUCAUGAGGAUCACUGCGCCGCACAUCACCGACAUGAGUGCGCUGUUCCCCGAUCUGAACUGGGGGAAGUGGGAGGCCGAAUUGGAUCUACGGGAGGAAGCGGACAAGGAAAAGCUGCGAGCACUGAUCAUGGAUGCCGACGUCGUGCUGGACGGGUAUCGGCCAGGGGUCAUGCAGAAGUGGGGCUUUGGCAAAGACGACAUCCUAAAUAUGAGGGAGAACUCGGAGAAGGGCAUCAUAUAUGCCCGUGAGAAUUGCUAUGGAUGGCAGGGGCCUUGGGCUGGACGCUCGGGGUGGCAGCAGAUCAGCGAUGCAUGCUGUGGUGUUUCCCUAGGUUUCGGAAGAGCCAUGGGCAACGACGAGCCAGUCACGCCCGUAUUCCCGAACUCGGAUUACUGCACCGGAGCCUCCGGCGCCACAGGCGUGCUUCAAGCACUGAUCGAGCGCGGCUCAAAGGGCGGUUCAUAUGUAGUCGACAUCGCGCUCAACUACUAUUCCCAAUGGCUGAUUAACAGUUGCGGCGAGUAUCCCACGGACGUGUUCCAGGACGUCUGGGACCGCAAUGGCCACGUCGUCUUCCGCCACGACCAGAAUAUGCUCCAGUCCCUGCCGGUGUACAUCGGCAUGAUCCUGAAGAGCCCUCUCAUGACGCCCGGCUUCUUCGAGGAGCGCGAGAGCAAGGCGAUAGGCGUGAAGCUGAGAACGCCGAAGCCCGUGCUGUGCUUUCCCAGUGGCGAGGUCGAACUGCGCUUCAACGUCGGCACCCGCGGGAAUGGCGUGGAUAGGCCGGUUUGGCCGGAGAAUCUGUUGACCGAGGUCGUUGCGUGA